GGCAGAGAGACCAACGACACGAUGGUCCUUGGCAGCGUCGACGUCGUUGCCAAGUCCAGUGUUGAGUACAUUUUGAACCCGCCCUGCGUCGUGCCAUGCCACUGGGAAGCCCCCAGCUUCGUUGGCCCUGGAAAACGGUCUGCGGCGGCAUCGAUCCAAUCUCUUUUGAACGACGACUGGUCGCCCCGUGCCACCCACACAUUGACCAGUACGACCCAUCGCAACAAGUGCAACGUCGACGGCUGCGCGACUGCUGCAGUCAGCAAAGGGCGGUGUGUUCGCCACGGGGGCGGCACCCGCUGUUCGGUGGCGGGAUGCACGAAGCGUACGAAGCGGUUCAAUCGGUGCUACCUUCAUGGGGGGUUCGUCCUAUGCUGCAUAGAAGGCUGUACGAGCAAGGCCAAGCGAUAUGGUCGGUGCUGGGCCCAUGGAGGUGGGGUGCAAUGCACCGAAGUGGAAUGCACCAAACUCGCCGCGAAAGGGGGGCUCUGCUGGUCACAUGGUGGAGGACACCGGUGUCGGGCCAGCGGCUGCGAGCGACGGGCGUACAAGCGGCAGCACUUUUACUGCGACGAACAUGCUGAUCUCUAAUUUAUGAAACACGUCUUCGUUCCAAUA